CAAAUGUCAUAAAUCAAAACUUGAAGUAAUUCAAAGCAAAACCCUCAGAAAAAUUACAGACGCCCCUUGGUUCAUCCGGAAUAAUGACAUCAGAAAAGAUCUAAAAAUUGACACAGUUUCUAAACAAAUAAGACGACGUAACAAGAAACUUUUGGAAAAAUUCGAGUCCCACACCAACCCCACUUUGGCAGAGGCCUUAAAUUACGACCCAGAGGAGUCAUCAAAAAUAAAGCGGCCAAAAUUAGCGCUAAACGAAGAGGGAGAUCAUAGUCAAUUCCACCACUGAAGGCGAAAAAAUAAAGUAAUAACGCCCACAAAAUUCCCCCAUCCUAUGGGGAAUAUACCAAGCCCAAGGAUAAAAGUGUUUCAAACACUAAUCCAAGAAGAAACCAAAGAUCCUUGUGUGUAAUUUUUUAGUUUUCACUUAUCGUCAGAUUGAUCGAUUGAAGAUGCCUCCUAAAACUAGCGGAAAAGCUGCCAAGAAAGCUGGCAAGGCCCAAAAAAACAUUUCUAAAAGCGACAAGAAGAAGAAACGCAAGAGGAAGGAAAGUUACGCUAUCUACAUUUAUAAAGUAUUGAAACAAGUCCAUCCGGAUACGGGUAUUUCAAGCAAGGCUAUGAGCAUCAUGAACAGUUUCGUUAAUGAUAUUUUCGAACGCAUCGCCGCCGAGGCGAGUAGACUUGCUCACUACAACAAACGUUCGACAAUAACCAGCAGGGAAAUUCAAACAGCAGUGCGCCUUCUCUUGCCCGGUGAGUUGGCAAAACACGCCGUCAGCGAAGGAACUAAAGCAGUAACAAAAUACACCAGUUCCAAAUAAAGCAGGAAUUGUUGUUGCAUAUCAAACGGUUCUUUUCAGAACCACAAA